AUGUCAAUCGCAGUGACGACAGUUAAUGCACUGUAUGAUGCAUUGUCAUUAAGAUUUACUAAUCAGCGAUAUUUGUUGUUGUUGUUUGAUGCUGCAAUCUCACUCGACUUCUGCACGUGCCCAUCGAGGACUCAGAUGUCCUGGUCGACGGGAGAGACCAUGGUACUGGGUAUUCUAGUGGUGGGGAGCCUGAUAAUGAGUGGGGAUUUAGGUAGAAUCAUCUACGUGGUCAGGAACCCCAAGAAGAUUGCAGUCUCCUGAUACCACUUGAAUCGAGUGAUGAAGCCUCAAGGGUAGACCGGAGCCUUCGACGAAUUCUGCGAUUAGUUCGAGGACAAGUUGCUGAGAAGUGCUUACUGGGAGCACCUGAAGGAGACAUGGGCCCUCCGCCACCACCCGAAUCUCCUCUUCAUGUUCUACGAGGAGAUGCAGCAGGAUCUGAUCGAAUGCUUCCAGAAAGUCUCAAAAUUUUUGGGAUAA